AUGUCAUGGAUGCAAAACUUGAAAAAUUAUCAACAUCUACGGGAUCCAUCCGAGUACAUGUCCCAAGUUUACGGAGACCCAUUGGCUUAUCUUCAAGAAAGCACAAAGUUUGUGACGGAGCGAGAAUAUUAUGAAGACUAUGGCUAUGGAGAGUGUUUCAAUUCUUCGGAAUCUGAAGUGCAAUGCGAACUGAUCACUGGCGAGUUUGAUCCCAAGUUACUGCCUUAUGACAAACGGCUUGCGUGGCAUUUCAAAGAGUUUUGCUACAAAACUUCUGCUCAUGGAAUUCCAAUGAUAGGAGAAGCACCUAAUGUGUAUUAUAGAGCAGUUUGGGUUAUGUUAUUCCUUGGAUGUAUGAUUAUGCUGUAUCUCAAUGCUCAAUCCGUUCUUGACAAGUACAACCGAAAUGAGAAGAUUGUAGAUAUUCAGCUAAAAUUUGACACUGCACCGUUUCCUGCCAUCACGCUUUGUAAUUUGAACCCAUACAAGGCAAGUCUGGCCACCAGUGUCGAUUUAGUCAAGCGAACGUUAUCUGCAUUCGACGGUGCUAUGGGUAAAGCCGGAGGAAACAAGGAACACGAAGAAGAUAAGGAAGUUGUCACUGAGCCACCAACCACUCCAGCGCCAACAACAAAGCCAUCUCGUCGUCGUGGAAAACGAGAUCUGUCUGGUGCAUUCUUUGAGCCAGGAUUUGCGAGAUGUCUGUGCGGAAGUCAAGGUUCCAGUGAAAUGGAGGAGAAAGAUGAUGAAAAAGAAGAGGAGAUGCGCGAAACGACCACCAGAAAGUCAUUUGAUAUUAAUGAAGCCGAUGAGGAGUGGGAUGGAGUGGAGGAGUAUGACAAUGAGCACUAUGAGAAUUAUGACGUUGAAACGACAACUGGAAUGAAUAUGAUGGAAGAAUGUCAAUCUGAAAGAACUAAAUUUGAUGAGCCUACUGGAUUUGAUGAUCGGUGCAUUUGCGCGUUCGACAGAUCGACUCAUGAUGCAUGGCCAUGUUUUUUGAACGGUACCUGGGAAACUACUGAAUGUGAUACUUGCAAUGAACAUGCAUUCUGUACCAAGGAUAACAAAACUGCAAAAGGGCACAGAUCUCCAUGUAUAUGUGCGCCAUCGCGGUUCUGUGUAGCUUAUAACGGGAAGACACCACCAAUUGAGAUUUGGACGUAUUUGCAAGGAGGAACUCCAACUGAGGACCCAAAUUUCUUGGAGGCUAUGGGUUUCCAGGGUAUGACUGAUGAAGUAGCUAUUGUCACAAAAGCAAAAGAAAACAUCAUGUUUGCUAUGGCGACUCUCUCAAUGCAAGACAGAGAACGACUGAGCACCACAAAACGAGAGCUAGUACAUAAGUGUUCGUUUAAUGGAAAGGCUUGUGACAUUGAAGCAGAUUUCUUAACUCAUAUCGACCCAGUAUUUGGCUCUUGCUUCACAUUCAAUCAUAAUCGAACAGUUAAUCUAACUAGCAUCCGUGCAGGUCCUAUGUACGGCUUGCGUAUGCUGGUAUAUGUUAACGCUUCUGACUACAUGCCCACCACAGAAGCAACAGGAGUCAGAUUAACAAUUCAUGACAAAGAGGAUUUCCCAUUUCCCGACACGUUCGGAUACUCUGCUCCAACUGGUUAUGUAUCGUCAUUUGGUUUGAGAUUGAGGAAAAUGUCCCGUUUACCAGCACCAUAUGGUGAUUGUGUCCCAGAUGGUAAAACUUCGGACUAUAUCUACAGUAACUAUGAAUAUUCCGUAGAGGGAUGCUACCGUUCUUGUUUCCAACAGUUAGUGCUGAAAGAGUGCAGAUGUGGAGACCCCCGUUUCCCAGUACCUGAAAAUGCAAGACAUUGUGAUGCAGCGGAUCCAGUUGCAAGAAAAUGUUUGGAUGCGAGAAUGAACGAUUUGGGAGGUCUACAUGGUUCUUUCCGAUGCAGAUGUCAGCAACCUUGUCGACAGUCUAUAUACUCCGUUACGUAUUCACCUGCAAAGUGGCCGUCAUUGUCGUUGCAGAUUCAGCUAGGGUCAUGUAAUGGAACAGCAGUAGAGUGUAACAAGCAUUAUAAAGAAAAUGGUGCUAUGGUGGAAGUUUUCUAUGAGCAGUUAAACUUCGAAAUGCUUACAGAGUCAGAGGCCUAUGGAUUCGUAAACCUGCUGGCCGAUUUUGGUGGUCAACUCGGUUUGUGGUGUGGAAUAUCCUUCUUGACUUGCUGUGAAUUCGUCUUCCUGUUCUUCGAGACUGCAUACAUGAGUGCAGAGCAUAAUUAUUCCCUGUAUAAAAAGAAAAAAGCGGAAAAAGCCAAAAAAGUUGCUUCUGGAUCUUUCUAG